AUGACCAAGUUUCCGCUUGCGCGCGCUCCAUUCCCACCCGUUCAUCUCAUCGACUCCGACAAGGAGGCGCUUCUCGACCUGGCCGACACCUUCGUCGCCGAGACGAUUGAGGACUACGAGAGACAUCUGCACUACAACAACGGCAUCGUGGACUCAACAGAGUGGGUCCAAGUGAAGCAAUUCGAGGAUGUCGUCGUGUACGAAGACCGACGUGCGCUCAAAGAGCGUCGCCUCUCGCGUGUCAGCUCCUCACGCGCACCAAAACGCAAUGGGAAUAUGCUCAAGCUGCUUUGGGCCGGCACGAUCCGUGGUGAUCUGGACGACAUUAUGUAUGCAGCAAUGACCCGAACGGCCGAAGAGGCGAAAGUCAAAUCAGCGUACGUCGAGAGCAACUGCAUCGACUUUGCUGUGUUGGACACGAUAGUGCACCCAACGGUCAAUGACCCGUUCCGCAAUGUGCAAAUCAAGUGGGCGGUGAACGCUGGUCCGCCUAUGAUGCGGUCGGUUGUGCGCUCAAGAGACUUUGUCUACCUCGAGUCUACCGGGAUGACAGCCACGUCGACCGGCGAACGCAUCGGCUACCAACUGCUGCACUCGAUCUCGAUCCCUGGAGCGCCGGAACUACACGAGCACAAACUCGUUCGUGGCAACAUGAGUUUGUUCCAUUUCUUCCGGCAGAAGAGCGACGGGAUAGUGGAGACGUACGUUAAAGCGUUCAUCGAUCUGAUGGGCGAUAUGCCGCUCCGAGUGGCGACAACGCUGACGACAAGCGGCGUGGUGUCUGUUUGGAAGCUCGGAGAGUACGCGCUGAUGAAGAAGCUCAAUUGGAGGCUGAGUCAGCGUCGCGCGAUCGUACCGAGUGACUGGGCAAAGCUGUGCCACGUCUGCACAAAGAUCAUCCAGGGCAGUAUGGUUCGGCGUCGUACGUGCAAGAUAUGCAUGCACCAGUGCUGUGCUCGCUGCUGCGUGUCGAAGAAGAUGUUUUUCGUGCCGGCACACAGUCGAGCAGUGGUGCAGAAGAUCGCCAAUGUGUGCACGACCUGCAUCCAGACGGCGUCGUACUCGAACGGCAUGGACAUUGCGCUGGACGAGAUCUCGAGGACCGCUGGACAGUUCAAGGCGUACGCGUACUGGGCCGUCGCGUCGCCGACGUCGCCCUCGUCGUCGCUUAUGCUAUAA